GCAAGGCACAAGCCCCAGCAUUGGAAGGAUUAAAGAGCCUCUCAAUUGAAAAAGAUUUAGGAACAGGCCUUGGAGAUUUUGAAUCACCUUUACAUGGAACCCAAAGAAGAAGAAGAUGAUGAUGUUUCUUUUGCCAAAUGGAUGAGCAGUUUCUGGGGCCACGGCUGGAUAGAUGAGAGUAAGAGAGGGCUUCGGGACCACCGUCACAGAUCACAAGAUGCCGCUUGCAGGAAAAUCUCCUUGCCCUGUCCAUUUCCUGAGCAUCCAGAAAUCACAUCAUCUGACAGUCGUUCUAGGAGGCAUUCUCAUGAAGAAGAGGGAUUUGGACGUCAUACCCAUGUUCGGGAUUUCAGAAAAUGCUCAAGGAAUGAAUCAUUCAAGGAGCCACUGGAUUCAAAAGAAAGAUCCCACUCCAAAAUUCAGGCACUUUUGGAGCCCUCUGAACAUCCAAUGUGUUUUAGAACCAAACGUUCUGUCUCUUUGGGAAAUGAGAGCAGAAAGGAGAGAAAGGAAAGAGAACGGUUGAUGGUGGAGCUAAGGUCCCACAAGAAGGUGGAGGAAAGGCGUUCUAAGAAGGAAGAACCCAAAGAAGCCUCCAAACUCCCCUUGUUUGGAAAAGGGCCUAAGUAGU